AUGAGAAAUCGAUUUGUAUCGUUUCUGGGGGUGGCAUCCUACUUCGCUGCAGGAAAUUUCCAUUCAAUUUCUCAUGGGAGGCUUCAUGCCGCUAAACAAAUUGCUCACACACGUGCAGUGAACACCAACAGUACAAACUUUGCAAGAGUGGCAUUCUUCCCUAACGGGACUCUGUCUGGCUUGGGCCUGUCAUCGACUUGUGAAGAUGCAUUGUAUGCUACGGUUGACUGUGAUGAUGAGAUUUCAUCUGUGAUGACCGAUGGAUACAUUGGAAGCUUGGACAAUGAGACAUUGACAGACCUGAUCUGCGCGUCUACCUGCGAAGCUUCAAUCGCGGAGUUAUACGACUCGGUGUCGACUAGCUGCGGAGACUCUGCAGAGCUUAUUGCUGGUAUCUCUUACUUGUCUCUUAUUGGUCAAGUCUGGAGCAGCUGGAAUCAGUCCUGCUUUGUGGAUCUAACGACCGGCCAAAACUGCAAUGACGUUAUUGCCAAAUUUGACAAUGUCACUUCCCAGGCAGACAUCGCUACUACGGAUCUGUGCUCAUACUGCUAUGUGAAGAAGCUCGAGAUGAUGCAGGCGGAUGCCUAUUCGAGUGCUUACAAUGAUGACUUCGAGUCAGAGUAUAAAUACGUUGCAAACACCUGCAACCUCACAGUCACGGACUUCAACGCUACCACUAGCGUUUUUAAUGCGUCAUUGCCGGCCACCACAUCUACGUGUCUAUCUGGUAAUACCUAUAUUACUACGGACGGCGACACCUGUGACUCAAUCGCGUUGGCCCAGGGCGUCUCCGCGGCCACUCUGUUCUAUACCAACCCAAAUAUCCUCAAUUGCUCAGACAUCAUUACUGGUACCAGCCUGUGCCUACCUCUUACAUGCACCGACCUUUAUUCUGUGCAAUCCAACGACACAUGCGCCAGCGUGGCGGUGUCCAACUUCAUCUCAUUCUCGGAUGUCAUCAACUGGAAUUCCCAGCUGACCUGGAACUGCUCGAACCUAGUCUCACCUGAUCCCCACUGGGGCUCGGUUUUAUGUGCCUCUGCUCCAGGUGGAAACUACACAGGCCAAGCGCUGACCACUACCUCUUCCUCCGAUGCGACCGAUAUUGUGGACCCACCGACUGGUGUCACGGUAGCCAUAGGAUCUACCCUUGAUUGUGGUGCAUGGUUUGUCAACGAGGCGAGCUUGGGAUACAAUUGCUCGAGUAUUUGUCUUUCCAAUUCGAUUGCCAUGCACCUUUUUGUCGAUGCCAAUCCCUCGCUAAACUACACCACCUGCGACUCCGAUCUCGUCACUGGGGAUGCCUAUUGUGUUGACCCCUUGACUAACUGGGAGUACUACAGUUCUAACACCACUAGUAUUUCAACGGUGACUGCAGCCAUAUCUCCUACAUGGCCAGUCCAGACAGGUAUCGACUCCAAUUGUGACGCAUACUACGAGGUUCAGUCGAGCAGCACUACAGCUAGUAGCACACCAGCAGCUACGACUGCCAUCAGUAGCAGCACACCUCUGACCUCAAACUCUACAUCCACCACUGUCACACCACCAGCUGCAACCCAAUCUGGUAUUCCAGCUAACUGCAUCGAGUACUAUGUUGCGCAAUCUGGCGAUACUUGCGCCACCGUUGAAACAAAGCACAGCAUCACAGCUGCACAGUUCCUCUCCUGGAACCCAGCUGUCUCUUCUGACUGUACCACUGGAUUCUGGGCCGAUGAAGCAUACUGUGUCUCUGUUUCGUAA